UUCUUCCUGCUUCUUAUUUUUUUGUUCUUCUCCUUCAUUCUUCUUCUUUCUUUCCUCUCGCACGAACACAGUGAGAUAGAGGGAGUGAGAGCCAGAGAUUGAGGGAGAGACUUGAGGGAUAGAGAGAGAGAUGUCGAGAGAGAGAGACUCGGGAGAUAGAGAGAGAGAUCGGAGAGAGAGCAGAGAGACCGAGAGAUCGGGAGAGAGGGAGCCGAACCAAGGGAGCUCCGAUCUUCCAUGAUCGGCGGUGCUGCUGGGGCUAAAAUCCGGCGAUGGAGGAGCUUCGAUCGUGAAGCCGUAAUGUCCGUGCGACCCAUAACCUGCCAAAUUCGGGAGUGCAACCCGCAACCCGAUCCUUCGGUGGUGGACUCCCGGCGAGCCAGAAGCCAAUUUCCGGCUGGUCAAGGUGUUUUCCGACCUAACCCCGAAGACCCGAAGCCCAGUGACCCAGAACCCGACCCCGUGACCCGAAGACCUGAGAGGAAGACCCGGUUCUUCCUGUGCGUUUUUUGGCGACUUUUCCUGCGGAAUCAGUGGCGUUUUUCCGGUGAAUUUGCUAUGAAAAUCCUUGGGGUAAAAGCUCGAUCCCGAUGCUAAUGGCAAGUUCAGGUAAGGAGAUACAACACCGAAAAACCCCCAACAAGAUUUUAUUACAAAUCUUUUGAAAAAGUGUUGGGGAAUUUUACAAAGCAUUUGCUUAUGUGAUUUUUAAU